AUGACGAUAAAUAUCGAGGAGUUCAACAUCAUCAAAGAGGGCAAAGCGUCUGUGCUUGUGCCAAAGCAGGAAACCGUCUUUUACAACCACAUCCAGCAAUUCAACAGAGAUCUCUCGGUGAUGGCUAUCAGAGCGUGGCUCGCAGAGACUAAUGCAAAAAGGCAUGAGAAAAUGCUGAAGAAACGAAAAUUGGAAGAUGAAACUGGUGGAAACGAGCCAAUUGCAUGCGAGGAUCGAAAGUUCGUUCGUAUUUUGGAGGCUCUUUCGGCCUCAGGGCUCCGAGCCUUGCGGUACGGCCAUGAAGUGCCCCAAGUUUCCAGAAUCGUCGCCAACGAUUUGCUCCCGGCAGCCGUAGCGUCGAUAAACCGUUCAGCAGAAUACAACAACCUCAGUGAUUUGGUAAAGGGCCAUGAGGGUGAUGCCAUCACGUACAUGGGAUCGAUUAAGGAUAACGAGCGAUUCCAUGUGGUGGAUUUAGACCCUUACGGAACCGCCGCCCCGUUUUUGGAGAGCGCCGUUCGCCUGAUAAUGGAUGAUGGCUUGCUCAUGGUGACAUGCACGGACGCUGGGGUGCUUGCGGGAAAUGGAUACCCUGAGAAGUGCUAUGCCUUGUACGGAGGGAGUAACUUUGGCAACACCUUUAUGGGGCUGGAGGCCAAUCACGAGGCGGGCAUAAGACUUAUUUUAUCUACAAUUGCUAAUGUUGCCGCCAGGCACAAAAAGUGCAUUGAACCCGUGCUCAGUUUGAGCAUCGACUACUACUUCCGUGUGUUUGUGAGGGUGAAGACCAGUCCUGCUCAGGUAAAGCAGUUGGCGUCGACUAUGAUGCUUGUGAAUCACUGCGUGGGCUGUGGCUAUCAAGUAGAGCAGAGAAUGGGCCGUGUGAGCGGGAAUAAAUUCCAAACACCUAGAGCAUCCCCAGUGGGGCCCAAUUGCCCAUGCUGUGGCAGCCCGUUCCACGUCGCUGGGCCAAUGUGGGGCGGCAAGCUACAUAAUAAGGAGUUUGUGGAGAAGGUACUCUCAAUUAACCGUGCAGCAGACACUUCAGUGUAUGGAACCACAGAGAGGAUAAAAGGCAUGCUUACUUUGGCCAAAGAGGAGAUCGAGACACCUUUUUACACAAACCUUGGCCGAUUGCCCAGUUUGUUCAAAGCAUCUACCAUUCCCUUGACCGAAUUUGCCAGGGCAUUGGGCAACUUAGGCCACAGGGUGUCUUUGACGCACGCUAAAGCCAACUCCAUCAAAACCAGUGCGCCAUGGGAGGACGUGCUUCUUUUGGCUGCAAGGUGGCUACGAAAGUGCAACGAAAAGCGGUUGAGCGAGCUAAAGGCAAGUGUUGAAGGGAUCACAGACAAAGAAAAGAAGCAAAAGAAAUUGCAGACGAUUAAAGAGCUCGAGGAGAACAUCGACACGAGCAAGAACCUCAGUGACACGAUGCCUGGGGCUCGUGUGUUGAAGUUUUUGGAGAAGGAUACCAGAGAGGUGGAUUUCGAUACGCCCAACGAGUUGAGCGAUGGACUAGUCAAGUUGAGGAAGAUCAAGAUGGUGCGUUUCCAAGAAACGCCAGCCAACUGGGGUCCUAAGGCCCGGCCUGGCAAGAAGCAAAAGACCGAGGAGAAGUCCGUCGAGCAGUAG